AAGUAACAAAAAGAGGGAGGACACAUAGGAAAUAAAUCUAGAGUGAUGACAGGUGGGAAGAUUCGUUCCAUGUUGCUAGCUCAUUACUCUCCUAAAUUAGCUUCCCCCAACCGUUGAACCUUCGUUUACUCUCUCUCCCUCCCUCUCUAUCUCUCUCCCUGCAACAACUUCCUCUUCCUCUUCUAUUCCAUUAUCAUCCACCCCAAUUCUCUCUCAUUUCUCAUUAACAUUCUCGGAGAGAAAGAGAGAGAAAAAGAGAUUCACAUUUUUCAUUUUUCAAUUCUCUCUUUCUCUCCUCCUCUAAAACGACCCCCAUUUUUGCGUUUUUGGGGGCUGAAACGCCAAAAACCCUAGAUGCCUUCAUUCUUGAUUUCCCAUCGUUAUAAUCAUCAAUCAACGAUUUUGAUUUGUACCCAUUUCGAUUCAGCUGGAUCUUUUCGUUAAUAUUGGAAUUUUUUUUACCUGGGUGUAGAUGUGGAGAAAACCCCUUUUGCAUUUACAAACCCUAAUAAUUUGUAUUGGAAUCCCAAAUUGCUCGAUUGUUCCUCUUGUUCCAUGGAUUCUUCUUCCACAUUUUCGCCAUUGGGAUUUUUGAUUUUCGGUUUUUUUCUUAGCUUUUAUGCUUUUGUUGUUCAAUCUCAGAUAUAUGAAGGAAACGAUUCUCAAUUUCAACCACAACAACCACAACAACAACCGCCUGUUUUUAUGAUGUCACCUUCUCCACCUCCGCCUCCACCACCUCCGCCACCACCACCUCCACCACCACCUCCUCCUCCGCCAACCUCACCACCACCUCCUCCUCUGGAUCCCAAUUCCGCUCCUUCACCUUCCUCACCCCAAGGCCAUCACAUUCCUCCGAAAGACGAUAUUCGGACCCCCGACCCCGAUGAAAUAAGAUCACCACCUCCUCCACACCACCGUCACCGUCGCCAUCACCACCGUGUUUAUAUUCCGCCGCCACCUCCGCUUCCGCCUCUUCCGCCACCAGGAAUGAAUGCUGGGAAAAAGGUGGGACUUUUGUUCCUCGGCAUUGCGGCGGUUCUUCAGGUUGGUAUGGUUGGGUUCCUGGUAAUCAAAAGGAGACAGCUUUUGAAUAGCAGUGAUGACAGAUACGAGAAUUCUUCUUCUUGAAAAAAUUUUACUCACUUUUGUUAUUAAUUCUUUCUUCAUUUUAAUGGGUUGAAAUUAUUCUUUGUUGGUGGAGGAGAUUCUGCAUAGGGAAAUGUUUGGGUUUGUGGAAUCAUUGGAACAUUUGGUGGUACUCUUUGUAUAUUGUUAUUGUUAGUUUACCUUUCCCUUUCACAUUUCAUGUAAACUUUUUUUUUUUUUUUUUUUUUCCAUUUUAGUUACAUUUUACAUUGGGUUAUACUACUAAUGAGAAACAGAAGAAGCCCUUUUGUUGUACUUCUUUGGUUUUUGUUGUUGUUGUUCUCUAACAUGUUUAAUGUACAAUGAUGUUGUUGGGAGUAUUUGAUGGAUUAACAAUAUACAAUCUUAGUGUUACAUUUUGUUUUCUAGUUAAUCCCUUAUUGAUAUCAAGAGCUCUUUAGAUAUAGUUCUAUUAUGUAGUGAUUAUUAUGCAACUGUUAUGGAGUUUCUUCAGAUUUCUUCGUAUAGAAUCUAUUGUCUUGAGCGGUUGCAAAGGCUAAUAAUUAGGUAGAAAGUGCAUAGAAAUGCUUUGCAUAGUUAAUCAUGUAACAUUUCAUUGCCACAUUUUAAAUAUCAAGUCCUCUAUUAGCGUGUUUGGAAACACGGUGGAAAGCCAGCAAAACGCACGUUUGGCCAGAAGCUACACUUUGUAGCUUCUAGAAAUCACGGUGGGAGGGCUGCUAAACGUGCGUUUCUAGUUUCAAACGCUAAACCAAACACACCAUAUGUUGAUGUGUUAAAGGAAUUUUGACAUUAUGUUCUCGCAAGUUUUACACAUUUACAUGUCCGGUCAUAUUGAUUGUAGUUGAUAAAGUUCUGGCAGUACAGAUUUCAAACUCGAUUUUAGUUUUUGAAAUCUAUACGGUCGGAUCCUGAUUCAAUGACUAUUGAUGUGGCUGACUGCGUGAAUGUCGGAACCUAUAUUCUUGUUGAUGUUAUAGUCAUUCAUUCUAGAGGUUAUGAUUUUCAUAGGACAUGAAUUGAGUAGGUUCAUUGCUGUUGGAAAAUAUAAGGUGGCAGAGUUUGAUAUUCAAUUUAUUUCUUUUCUUGCUCAACCAACCAAACAUGUUUAAGGAGAGUAAAUGCAUGGAUAAAAUUAGAAGAAAAUUGAAAAGAUUUGAACCAUUGUUGGUACAGAUUUAUUAUGGUAUU